CGUAAGCACGUUUCGAUAGACGUCCACUAGUGAAGUCAUAUUCAAGAUGGCGGCGCCCUGUUAUGACAUUACCCUGUGUUGCCAGGUAGAAGCUGAUGCACUCUAGGUCACAAUUACCUUCUUCUUCCUGGUAAUAGAUUUGGUCGUAGAUUAGAAAGAUUAGGAAUUGGAAAUAAAAAUGUUUCUUCUGGUGACUCUCCGGUCCAGCUUGGCACAGAGCAGGCAGCAUGCACUACGCUUCAUACACUGUGAAAGAGGGCAGAAGAACAGCACACAUUGGAGAGAUUUCAUUCAAAAGAGAUGGAAAAGCAGCACAGUGUCAGAAAUGGCAGCUCCAUCCAGAGCUGCAGUUGGGUCUUUACCCAACUCUGCUGCAGAGCGUACAAUGGGGCGCUGGCUUUUAGUCUGUAGUGGGAUGGUGGCUGGAGCUGUUAUACUUGGAGGCGUAACCAGAUUAACAGAAUCUGGGCUUUCUAUGGUUGAUUGGCAUUUAGUAAAGGAGAUGAAACCACCAUCUACAAAAGAUGAAUGGGAAGCAGAAUUCCAGAAAUACCAACAAUACCCUGAGUUCAAAAUCUUGAACCAUGAUAUGACACUGAAUGAAUUCAAGUUUAUCUGGUUUAUGGAAUAUUCCCAUCGUAUGUGGGGACGUGCAGUGGGACUAGCUUACAUUCUUCCAGCUAUCUACUUCUGGAGAAAGGGCUGGUUUAAUCGAGGAAUGAAAGGCCGUGUUCUAGGCCUCUGUGGAUUUGUUUGCUUUCAGGGUCUUUUAGGAUGGUACAUGGUGAAAAGUGGCUUAGAAGAAAAGCCAGAAUCUUAUGAUGUCCCACGUGUCAGCCAGUACCGUCUGGCAGCCCAUUUGGGUUCUGCUCUUGUUCUGUAUUGUGCAAGUCUUUGGACUGGUUUAUCACUUCUUCUUCCAAGACACAGGUUACCUGAAACCCAUCAGUUAUUAAGGCUGAGAAAAUUCACACAUUGGACAGCAGGCCUGGUUUUCCUCACAGCCCUGUCAGGUGCCUUUGUCGCAGGAUUAGACGCUGGUCUUGUUUACAAUUCCUUUCCCAAGAUGGGGGACCGUUGGAUUCCUGAUGACUUACUUGCAUUUUCCCCAACAUUAAAAAACUUCUUUGAAAAUCCCACAACAGUCCAGUUUGAUCACAGAAUCCUUGGCAUCAGCUCCGUAGCUGCUAUCACUGGACUGUACUAUGUGUCUCGCAAGGUUCCUCUUCCUCGUAGAGCAAAGUUGGCCUUGAACUCCCUGAUUGCUGUGGCAUACCUACAGGUCACUUUGGGUAUAAGCACCUUGCUGCUGUAUGUCCCUACUUCUAUAGCAGCUACUCAUCAGUCUGGAUCACUCGCUCUCCUCAGUAUGGCUAUCUGGUUAAUGAAUGAGUUAAGGCGUGUACCUAAAUAACAUACACCAGAAGACAACAAGGAUCUAUGAAAAGCAUUCAAUCGCUGCAUAAUAUUGGGUGCUUUGUACUUUGCAUUUACCUGAUAUUCUUUUUUUUUUUUUCUUUUCUGUUUGGAGAAAAAAAUCUACUUUGCAUUUGCUUCCUUCUAAAGGGUGCUGUCAUGUUACUAAUAUGCAAUAUGGUGAUAACAAAUUAAGAAGAGAGAUGUUUCACUAGACCAAGUCAAUUUGUUUACAUUUGGGAGAUUGAAAAAGAUAAGUGCACACAGUAUAACUGAUGUGCCUUUCUAGAUAAAAUGAGUAAACAGAAAUAUGUCCAUUUCUCCCAGGUUCUGGAUAAACCAAAUUAAAGAAAUUCUAUCAUGUUUAACAUUUUUCUAAUCUUCAAAUGAUUUAAUUUGUACAUAUUCCAAUGUCUAGUAGAAUUACAGUUUGUAGCAUUAGUAAACAAAAUACCCUAUCCAUUUCCAGCCAAUACAUGAAAUGAAUCACAGGAACUUCUAUACCUCUCUCCAGAUCCUCUCUGCCAUGCUUUGAAAUGCUUUGCCUCAGAGGUAUAUUAAAGAGACUGCAAGAUGAGGAGCCAGCACAUACUGAAUGUCUGUAUGGCUCCCUAUUUCACCAGCACUGAAACCGGAUGUGGAAUAAGUAAAUUUUGUUUAUACUCCUGCCCUGUUUAUUAAUUUUGAAUUGAAAUGUUUAGUUUACUACAUUCACGCCUCCCUGCCCCAAACGCAUUUGCCACCCAAAUUGAAUAAAAUAA